CAAUUGUCACACAGCAAUGGAUAUCGAAGGCAGAUUACUCUUCCUCCUCGCUCUCUUUAUAUCAGGUGCUCUCUCAGCUACCUUUACUUUCACAAACAAGUGCUCAUACACUGUCUGGCCUGCAACAUUGGCCGGUGGGGGAACAUCUCAGCUAUCCCUAACCGGAUUCGAGCUGACUGCCGGUGCUUCAUCAUCACUAGAAGUCCCUGUUGGAUGGUCUGGUAGAUUCUGGGCUCGAACAUUUUGCUCUACCACCGGAAAUUUCAACUGCAGCACCGGAGAUUGCCACACUGGUCAAGUAGCUUGCAAUGGAGCCGGUGGCGCCGUACCAGCCACCUUAGUGGAAUUCACACUAGGGGCUCAUAAUGGUGACCUAGAUUUCUAUGAUGUGAGCCUUGUUGAUGGUUUUAACCUGCCUGUAUCAGUGACUCCACAAGAAGGCAGUGGCAGUGGCUGCAACUCCACCAGCUGCCCUGCAAACAUCAACUCAAUAUGCCCACAGGAAUUGAGUGUCAUGGACCCUAAUGGGACUGUAAUUGGUUGUAAGAGUGCCUGUAUCGCUUUCGGCGAUCCGAAGUACUGCUGCACAGGAGAUUAUGGUGGUCCGGCGACUUGCCCACCUACUAAUUAUUCUAUGAACUUCAAGAAACUGUGUCCUCAAGCUUAUAGCUAUGCUUAUGAUGAUCGGACGAGCACGUUUACCUGCAUGGGUGCCAAUUACCGUAUCACCUUUUGCCCUUAGAAUGGAAUACAUGAAGCAAAUUGAUCUGAGAUGGGCUUAUUGCUUGAUUAUUUUAGAUCAGAUGGAGUUUAUUAUAUGAAUGUAUUUCAGAUUAUGUCUUAUUAAGAGUCUCGCUUUGCUGAUGGCAAUGUCGAAAGUAGGGAGUGGAAUUUAGUCUUGUAUUAAUCUAGGUAUCCCCCAACUAAUAUUUAUCAAUGUGGGUGGACCUAAUAUUUAUGUACUUCAGAUUAAUGUAGAGGUGAAAUGCCUAUAAAAAAAAAAAUGUGAAAUGGGAUAUAUGAAUAAACAAGUUUAAGAACA